AAGCUCAUGCCAGUCACGUGGUCUAGAGUAUAUAAAGACGUCAUUAACAAAUAUCUGCCCUCACUCUUUCUUUCCGUACGUGUGGAGUAGGCGAAGACCAUGAAAUUUCUAGUGCUACUCGUAGCUCUGCUCUUGGUGAGCCUCUCGCAGGCUGCCCUGAGAGUGCCAUUGCACAAGUUCAGGACUGUCAGGAAUUCUUUAAAAGAUAUUGGCAUUUCAGCUGAAGAUCUACGGAGGAAAGCACACCUAGACUUGAAGCACAAGUACUCAGGGGAGUAUGGUGGUCCAGAGCCUCUUUCCAACUAUCUUGAUGCUCAAUACUAUGGAGAAAUCUCAAUUGGAACUCCUCCACAGCCUUUCAAAGUGGUCUUUGACACUGGUUCUUCCAAUUUGUGGGUACCCUCUAAAAAGUGCCCUCUGAGUGAUGUUGCAUGUUUGUUGCACAACAAGUAUGACAGCACCAAAUCUAGCACUUAUGAGAAAAAUGGCACCAGCUUUUCGAUUCGAUAUGGCAGUGGAAGUAUGAAAGGAUUUCUCAGCACUGAUACCGUGGAGAUUGCUGGCUUAAGUGUGAAACACCAAACAUUUGCUGAAGCCACAAGUGAACCAGGAUUAGCCUUUGUUGCAGCAAAAUUUGAUGGACUCCUUGGUAUGGCCUAUGACACAAUAUCUGUGGAUGGUGUAGUUCCAGUUUUCUAUGUUAUGGUUCAGCAAGGCCUUGUGCAGAAACCAGUUUUCUCAUUUUAUCUGAACAGGGAUCCAUCUGCUACACCUGGAGGGGAACUGAUCUUUGGUGGUUCUGACCCCAAGUAUUAUACAGGCGACUUUACCUAUAUUCCUGUCUCUAAGAAGGGAUACUGGCAAUUCAAGAUGGACAGCGUGCUUGUGAAUGGAGAAUCAAGCUUUUGCCAGGGUGGCUGUCAGGCCAUUGCUGACACUGGUACCUCACUUAUUGGCGGACCUACUGCUGAAGUCGAGAAGUUAAAUAAAAUGAUUGGUGCCAGUCCAAUAGUUGGUGGCGAGUACAUAAUUGAUUGCGGCAAGAUUGACUCUCUCCCUCCAAUUGACUUUGUCCUUGGUGGCAAGAAAUUCACACUGACUGGAAAAGACUAUGUUCUCAAGGUGACGGUCAUGGGCCAAACUGAGUGUAUCAGUGGCUUCCUUGGUAUUGACGUCCCUGCUGGCCCCCUGUGGAUCUUGGGAGAUGUAUUCAUUGGCCCAUAUUAUACUGAGUUUGACCUGGGAAACAAUCGUGUUGGUUUUGCCAAGACUAAGUGAGCCAUUUGUGAGGACACCUCAGCCACUGACGUCUAUGCACACAUCGUUUUGUUUUAACACGUGAAGAAACCUUCUCAAAAAAAUUUAAAUCAGUGUGAAACUUUUUUGUUAACUGGAUGGUUGCUUUGAAAGCCUAUUUUUAGAAACUUUUGUAAUCUUAAACAGAGUGUUUACACUGCUUUUAUCACGUUGUUUACAAUGUAGUCCUGUGAAUUUUUGAUAAAUGAUUUGUAGACGAGUAGUGAUAAAUGAAUGAAUUUUGGAAAAAAAAAAAGUCGACUCGUAACUCUUGUAGAAACCUCAAGCGCUAAGUGAUCUUGAGUGAGCGUCACCCCUAAAUUUGACGAAGAAAUAUUUAAAAGGUCGCUUCAAGGCUCCCUAGACACCUUUCUUUACUUUCAAACAAAGUGUAAUCCCUUCCAGUUGACACUCCAUCACAAGUAGACCAAACCAACGUAUUCCCCUCAAAACGUUUAUUAACUCCAUUAUUUUUUUUUACAAUAUCAUCAUCAAAUCUAAGUGUUCCGAUUCCCCGUCGACGCAUCAUAACACUUCCUUAACCCUUUCACUCCCAGAAGUGAGCAACAUGCUACUAACAUGUUACACCCCAUAAUGCACAAGCGUUAUCUGGGAAACAGUUAAUGAGAAUACUCAAACUUAUCAGUUAAAAAGUUAUCGUCGUGAUCUAACACCAAUUCUACUAACUAAUUUACAAGGAAAUGUGUAGCAUCUUUCCCUUAAGAAAUUUUGUGGAAUCCGUUUACGCAACCGGUCAGAGAGGAUCACUCUUUACACCAUAGCAUUGGGUUUACGAGGAUUAAACGUCCGAUCCUAAAUCUAGCGAAAAAAUCAUAGUACAGGCGUAUAAUGUAACAAAUACAUAGACAAUAUUAUGAACAUUUUUACAAAUCUAAGAAUUCUCCUGUUAACACCAGACACUCAAGUCAAGGGGAAAGUCAAAUUUAACUUGAACAAGCCGCAGCCUGAGAAACAAGAGGGUCAAAUUUAUUUUAAAAUGAUCAGUGGCUUUUAAAAUAGUAAGCCUUGCCCGCGGGAUGAUGGUAAUUGCCGCCUCGUCCCCAGCGCGUGGGUAAGGGAGCGCGAGGUGUAUUGGGUAUGGAAAAGUGGAAUGGUGGAUGGCAUUAUGCCGAUCUUUUUCUUCCUUUUCUUCCUUAGGCCGUUUGGUGCAGUAGGCUUUCAGUCCUGAAGCAACACUGUCUGUGGUUACAAAUAUCAGACCACGUACUUAAAUUCACACGAAAAUUUCCUUAACGUAUAAAAAUAAAGCAGACACAAGAG